AUGCCACCUCCCAAAACAUCACGGCGCGAGAUUGACGAUGCCACCAGAAACCGUAUCGUCGGCUAUGCCCUGGCGACAGGAAAUGCGGCAGCAGCGGGCCGGAAUGAAAACGUCAAUAAACGCACUGCUCAACUCAUAUACAACCGCUACUUACAAACUGGGAACACCUCCGAUGAGCCUCGUUCUGGUCGUCCUGCAAAGCUCAAUGAGUACGAUAAACGACAGAUGAUACGAGAGGCGUGCAAGCAUCGGCGAACCCUGUUAACCCAGAUCACGAAUCGACUUGCUACCGAAGUGUCGGUUUUGACUGUUCGACGUGCUCUCGCAGCAGCAGGCUACCGCCGGAGGGUAGCCCGCAAAGUCCCCUACCUAUCACCUUCUCAAAAACACCAAUGGCUCAUUUGGGCGCGCAUUCAUCAGCCUUUCUGCCCAUCAGAUUGGAGAUGCACCAUGUUCACGGACGAGUGCUAUGUCUACCUUGCACCAACCUUCAAGCAGUCAACAGUGCGUGUUAUGGUAUGGGGCUGCAUCAUGGAGGACAGGAAGGGACCAUUGGUUGUGCUUGAUUAUCCGGGAGGCAAGGGAGGAGGGAUGAACUCCACAUGGUACCAUGAACAAGUUCUUGACCCCAUUCUCCUGCCUUUCUAUCAUCUAAUGAACCAAGAGAGAGGUGUGGUUAUGUUUCAGCAGGAUGGUGCUCCAUGCCACCGCAGCAAAGUGACGAAGAAGUGGGUCUAUGAGCAUAACAUUCCAUUGUUCCCCCACCCAACCUCCUCACCUGACCUGAAUCCCAUUGAGCCGGUAUGGCAUGUACUCAAGACUAUACUCCGACAACUUCCACACCCACCAAGCACCGUCGAUGCCCUGCACGCUGCUGUUCUCCGUGCGUGGGACGAGAUUCCAAUAGAGACUAUUAAUAGACACAUUGGGAACAUGGGCCGUCGUGUGGAGGCUGUUUUGGCCGCGAGAGGGGGCCAUACUCAAUUCUAA